AUGUUACUCGAGCAUCCGGGAUCAAGUUGUCAAAACCAAGGAAAUUUCUCCAGAUACAGUUCAGGACAAGACAUGCCGGUGUGUGCGGGCUGUAAUCAGCACAUCGUGGACCGGUUCAUCCUGAAGGUUCUGGACCGGCACUGGCACAGCAAGUGUCUGAAGUGCAGCGACUGUCAGUCUCAGCUCACCGAGAAGUGCUUCACCAGGGGAGAGGGGGUCUACUGCAAAGAGGAUUUCUUUAAGAGGUUUGGGACCAAGUGCACCGCAUGCCAGCAGGGCAUCCCGCCCAGUCAGGUGGUACGGAGAGCCCAGGAUUUCGUUUAUCACCUGCACUGUUUCGCCUGCAUCGUGUGCAAGAGGCAGCUGGCCACGGGGGACGAGUACUACCUGAUGGAGGACAGUCGGCUCGUCUGCAAAGUGGACUACGAGACAGCCAAGCAGAGAGAAGCCGACUCCACAGCCAAAAGGCCUCGCACCACCAUCACAGCCAAGCAGCUGGAAACGCUGAAAAACGCCUACAACAACUCGCCCAAACCGGCGCGGCACGUCCGCGAGCAGCUCUCCUCAGAAACCGGCCUGGACAUGAGAGUGGUCCAGGUUUGGUUCCAGAACAGAAGGGCGAAGGAGAAGAGGUUAAAGAAAGAUGCCGGCAGACAGAGGUGGGGUCAGUACUUUCGGAACAUGAAGAGAUCCAGAGGGAACUCCAAAUCGGAUAAGGACAGCAUCCAGGAGGAGGGCAUGGACAGUGAUGCUGAGGUUUCGUUUACAGACGAACCCCCGAUGUCCGACCUGAGCCACUCCAACGGUAUUUACAGCAGCCUCAGCGAGAGUUCUCCGGCUCUGGGUCGUCAGGGAGGAACCCACGCCCCCUUCGGCCUGGAUCACGGAUCCCUCCUGCCCUCACAGGAUCAGUACCACGACAUCCGUCCCAGCAGCCCCUACAGCCUGGCGCAGUCCCCCGCUUCCCUCCCGCCUCUGCCCCGGCAGCAGCCGCUAGUCUCCGGGCUGAUGUACCCCGACUCGGGUUUGCCCAUGGGAGGGCACGGCUUGGCAGCGGCCGGACCGAACGGCCCCAGUUCAGACCUGUCGACGGGGAGCAGCGGCGGGUACCCAGAAUUCCCAGCCAGUCCCGCGUCCUGGCUCGACGAAGUCGAUCACAGCCAGUUCUGAUGGCGAGAGACGAGCAGAAACACGGGAACGUUUUACGUCUGAGAAACACAGACGCCGCUUAACAGACACGUCAAACUCGUCUCCUUCAUCACCUCCUGCAUGGAUCGUGGGACGGAGUUUUGGAUAUUUUAGGAACAGAUUUUACCUCUGGGGACUGAUGGACUCGGACUGACCCCGUGUAAUCCUCGAAUCACAACAACGUUCGCUGUAACUGCAAGUCCCCAGAUCUGCAGAGCAUCAGAAAUAAAACGAAACGUUUGAAGAACACCGAGAUGCCUGAGACGAUUUAGAACUCUGCAUAUUUUUAAACUGGACGGCAUCCGUGUAACGCACUUAUCUGGUGCUUUAAAGAAAUUAUAAUAUAAUAUAAAUACAGUAUAUAUUGGUAUGAAGAUGUUGCCCAGUGAAUGUGGUCUAAAUGUCUGACUGGACUUUGGUACAAUCCUCAUCCUUCAUCCUCUCCUCGAUGUCUAAGUGUAAACGUCACCAGUUUUUGGGUCGAUGUGUCUCGUCGUUGCCAAAUGUCUAUAUUCGGUGUGUCAGCUCAGCAUUGUGGAUUAUUUAUUUUUAUACAGCCUGUAUGGGCAUCACAGAAACGUUUAGUACCUUUCCAAACAGGGAUAGACAAGCUGUAGUUGUUCAUUCUUGUUACUGGGUAGAAAUACUUCUAUGCAUCCGUGUGUUUUCCGGCAUAUCUUCUUUUAUUCGGUCCACGUGUUCAUGUGAAAGAUGUUUUAUGUCUUAUUUAUUCUCGAUAA